AUGAUGCUGCUUCCUACAAUUGGACAGUUCCUCAUGGUGCUCAUGGCGUUCUGUACCCAAGGUGUCACCUGCUCCAAUGGAAACUACACGGAUAAGGUAUCACUAUUGGAGUUCAAGAACAGCAUCAGUGAUCCACGACAGGCCUUGAUAUCUUGGAAUGAUAGCACACACUUGUGCAGUUGGGAAGGUGUCCAGUGUAGUGUAAAGCACCCACUUCGGGUCACUUCACUUCGUCUUAUCAAUCAAGGUUUGGUUGGUCCAAUAUCUCCUUCACAUGGAAACCUGACAUUCCUAAAAGUCCUAAUACUAUCGGCCAAUUUAUUCGUCGGUGAGAUCCCUCCAUCCCUCGGUCAUCUGCAUCGCCUCCAGAUCCUUAAAUUAAAUAAUAACACAAUUCAAGGAACAAUACCCAGUCUUUCAAAUUGUUCAAAUCUCAAGGGCCUGUUCUUGGAGGUGAAUCAGCUAGCUGGACAGAUUCCUGAAGAUUUGCUUUUUGGCCUUCAAAAGCUGGCACUUGCCGUUAACAACCUUACUGGAAAUAUUCCCUCUUCUCUUGCCAAUAUCACAACGCUGAAUGCAUUUACUUGUAUCCGUAAUAAUAUUCAGGGAAACAUCCCAAAUGAGUUCACAAAAUUGUCAGCGCUGCAAAUCCUGUACGUUAGCGUCAAUAAGUUGUCAGGUCCAUUUCCGCAGCCUGUCCUGAAUCUUUCCAAUCUACUUGAAUUUCGCGCCGCUAGCAAUGAUUUUAGUGGAGAGGUACCACCCAAUAUAGGCAAUUCUUUACCCAACCUCCAAUUGCUACAACUAGGUCUCAACUUCUUUCAUGGUCAUAUACCAUCUUCAUUGACAAACGCCUCCAAGUUAACUGAAAUUGACAUAUCACGGAAUAGUUUCAGUGGUGCGGUGCCUGGCUCUAUCGGCAAACUUUCUCAACUAUCUUGGCUUAACCUCGAGGUAAAUAAACUCCGUGCAAAAACCAAGCAAGAUUUGGAGUUUUUAAAGAACUUAGCUAAUUGCACUGGGCUACGGAUGUUCUCGGCAGUAGACAAUCGUCUAGAAGGCAAUUUGCAAAUGUCAUUAGGAAACCUUUCCAGUGAGCUCCAGCAUCUACACUUGUCAGUAAACCAACUAUCAGGGGAUUUUCCUUCCAGUAUAGCAAACCUUGGUAACUUGUUGAUUGUAGAAUUGGCCUGGAAUCAGUUUACAGGUGUGGUUCCGGCAUGGCUUGGGGCUAUGAAAAAUCUGCAGAAAGUGUCAUUAGGCAACAAUUUCUUCACAGGGAUCGUUCCAUCAUCCCUUUCAAAUCUGUCUCAACUAGUAGAGCUCUAUCUGCAAUCGAACCAAUUGAAGGGGCACAUACCCCAAAGCUUGAGCAACCUCCAGAUGCUUCAAGUACUAAGCAUUUCCGACAACAGUCUUCAUGGCAGCAUACCCCAAAGCUUGAGCAACCUCCAGAUGCUUGAAGUACUAAGCAUUUCCAACAACAGUCUUCAUGGCAGCAUACCAAAGGAGCUCUUCAAUAUUCCGACAUUAAUGCAGAUUAGCUUUUCUUUAAACAACCUAGAUGGACCACUUCAUCCUGACAUUGGCAAUGCAAAGCAAUUCACCUUUCUACAUCUUUCAAGAAACAAUCUAUCUGGAGAAAUUCCAAGAACAUUGGGAAACUGUGAAAGUUUGAUAGAUAUGAAACUGGGCCACAAUAGUUUCAAUGGAAGCAUCCCAACUUCAUUAGGCAAUAUAAGUAGCCUACAAGUUCUCAACUUGUCACACAAUAACUUGACUGGAUCAAUACCAGUGUCUCUUGGCAGCCUACAACUUCUUCAGCUACUAGAUUUGUCAUUCAAUCACCUAGAGGGUGAGGUCCCGACAAACGGGAUCUUCAGUAAUGUAACAGCUGUGCAGAUUGAUGGUAACUCAGGGCUUUGUGGUGGGGAACCAAAGAUGCACCUACUCGCAUGUCCUAUCAAGCCUUUGGAUUCAAGAAAGCACAAGCAUUCCAUUGUGCAAAAGUUGGUGAUCAUUUUAGCCAGCAUGAUGUCACUUGCCAUAGUCUUAAGUGUAGUGUUACUUUGGAGAGGUAAACAGAAGAGAAAAUCUCUAUCCUUGCCAUCAAUUAAUAACCAAUUUCCCAAAGUUUCAUACAACGAUCUUGCAAGGGCAACUGAUGGAUUCUCCACAUCGAAGUUAAUUGGGAAAGGAAGAUAUUCUUCCGUAUAUCAAGGAGAACUGUUCCCAGAUAGAAUCGUGGUUGCUGUCAAAGUUUUCAGCCUAGACACAAGAGGAGCACAGAAGAGUUUCAUUGCAGAGUGUAAUGCUCUAAGAAAUGUGCGCCAUCGAAAUCUAGUUCCAAUCUUAACAGCAUGCUCAAGUAUUGAUUCCAGGGGAAAUGAUUUCAAAGCCUUAGUCUAUAAGUUCAUGCAACGAGGGGAUUUGCAUGCAUUGUUAUACUUGACUAGAGGUGAUGCAAACACCUCAACUCCUAGCUGCAUUACACUGGCCCAAAGGUUAAACACUGUGACAGAUGUUGCAGAUGCAUUGGAAUACCUCCACCAUAACAACCAAGGAACCAUUGUUCAUUGUGAUCUGAAGCCUAGCAAUAUUCUUUUGGACGACAAUAUGACAGCACAUAUUGGAGACUUUGGUCUUGCAAGAUUCAAGGUUGGCUCAGGAACACCAUACUCUGGUGACUCAAUCUCGACUUCUUCAGUAGCGAUAAAGGGAACAAUUGGAUACGUCGCCCCAGAGUGCGCGGGAGGAGGCGAAGUUUCGAGUGCUGGAGACGUUUACAGCUUUGGAAUUGUUCUACUUGAGAUAUUUAUGCGGAAGAGGCCUACUGACGAUAUGUUCAAAGAUGGGGUCAAUAUUGCAAGAUUCGUUGAGACGAACUUCCCUGACAGGAUUGCACAAAUUGUAGAUCCUGAACUACUUGAAGAGCAUGAUGAUGUAUCGCAACAAACUUCAUCAGCCAUGACGCAGAAAAAAUUGGAAUGUUUAAUUUCAGUGCUAAACAAUGGACUUCGCUGUGCUAAACUGCUAACCCAUCCCCAAAUGAGCGCAUGGACAUGCAGGAGGUGGCUGCAAGGCUGCACGGAAUCAAGGAUGGGUAUCUGA